GUUAUAUUAAUGCACAACAUUAUAUUUAAUUUGACAUAUGAUAAUACGAUCCUGGCAAUGCCUCGUGUAGAAGAAAGUCGAGUAGUACUUUGGGAUUGGUUGAGGCUAGUGAAAGUAUUCUUCGCGUAGUUACCUUGGUACUCAACUGAGUCACGCGAUAUUCAUGGCAUGAAGUCGACAUCUGUUGGUGCACAUAUUAAUUUAAAUAAACAUUUCCAUCUAAAAGGUUUACACAAAAUAUUUCAUUAUUUUCUACUGUCAAAAGAUUUCAAUAGAAAAAUCAUUGUAACAAAUUUAUCUUUUUACAAAUUUGUUAAGUAUCUUUAAUUUUUUUAUAUAAAAAAUACUCAAAUUUUUUGUUCUUAUUCCUCGCUUCUAAUUCAUCUUUAAUUCACUAUACAACACAGCAGGAUGUGAUAGUUAAACAUCGUUUAAAUGAUAAUAAGAUAAAAUGACAGACCUUUUUAAAAAUUACACGGUUAUUAAGAUCAUUGAGCUCUUCUGUAAGUUCUGCAGUUUCAGACAAAGAGCUAGUUGCGCAGUCGGUUGCGUUAUCCAUCGAGUAAUCGAGUGACAGUGUUCACUAAUAUUAAGCUGUGUAACUAUAGCAUCCAAAAUUUUACAAAAUUUUCUUGUUUUACAAAUUGCGAUUAACAUGAAUUACUUUGUAAUAUAUAUGCUCAAAUUUUCAUUAAUAUUGAAUACAAAGAUGACAAAUCAAUUCACUUUGGGUCAUUUCGAUAGAAAUCAUUUGGAAACCUAUGAGGAGAUUUCGAAUGAACAAAACGAUACCGACAUUUUUGCCAAUCUAAUUUUUCGCUUUACUUGCGAGAAUAUGCCAUCCGGUUUUUAUGCCGAUAUAGAUUACAAUUGCAGGAUAUUUCACGUUUGCGAAAAUUACGGCAAUGGUUUCCCAGUGAUUUGCGCUAACGAUACAGUGUUUGAUCAGAAACAGCGGAUAUGCACGGACGAUGAAGAUAUCGAUUGUCAGCACGCUCAUGAAUGGUACUACUUGAAUGAACUAACUUAUUCUGCAGAAAUUGAAUCAAGAACGAUUAUAGAAGAAAUUAUAAACGAAUCGAAAGUUGUUGAAGAGGAUGUAGUGCCUUCCGUUUUGCCACUCAUGGUUGACUAAAAAUUUUUACAUUACGUUAUAUAUUAUUAUAUAUUUAUGUACAUAUCAUUGUACGCAUCUCAUGUUUAUACCGUUAUUACCGAUAAGAGAAAAAGAAAUCUAUAAUUCAAAUUAUUUUAUCAAACAAGUUUUAUUAGAAUUAGUUUAUAUAUUUUAUUUUUCUUUUCUCUGUUCGAUACAUUAUAAAUUGCGUUUGUGGACAAUUAAUUGCGUUUCACGUCAGGUUUUUGAAAAAGAUUGCUUUAUUUUAUCUGUCUAAUGUUAAUAUUCUAUCCAAAUAAAAAUAGAUAAAUUACAAUAUUUGAUCGCAAUGAGAAGUGUUAGAAAAUAAUAAUUAUAAAAUUCCAAUAUUGUUUUGCUUUUGUAGUAGUAGUUCAACGUUCUGGCGAUUGCGUGUAGUAGCAGGAUCUUGACUACGGUCUCUUUUCUGGUCUUGUUGCGUCGCAGUACGCCUUUGCCGCAUGCAAUGCAUAAAACUGGUGAAAUAAAUAAAAGAAAGAAAAUAUGCACGAAAUGAGAGAGAGAAGACCUUCAACAUGGCUUCCAGAAUUAUCUCAGGUCUAUUCCUGACUGUUGACUUCUCAAGGUUCUUGAAAGUUGUAGCACUGGUAUUUUCGAUAUCAAUAUUACAGAACAUGCAAACGCAUAAUUUUAUUAUAUUUAUUAUUUACAUCUUAAUCAAAUUUUACAAGUUAAAUAUAUAAGUUUAAAUAUUUUUUUAAAUCAUUUUAUAAUUAUAAUAUGAUUUUGUUUGCAAUCUUAUAACUGUAUUGAUAUAAAAAUGCUUAUUAUAAAAUUGUAUUGCAAAAUAAAAUAUUAUUUACUUUUUAAAAUUAAUAAAUAAAUAAUUAUAAAUUGGAGGGAUAACAGCAAUCAUACAAGAUAGAUAGAAUUCAUUUAUUUUUAAUAAGAUAUAAUUAAAGAGUAUGUCAGUCUUAAAAUCUAUGCAGUUCAAUAUUCAGUACGACUGUAUGGUGUAAAAUUUUUAAUGCCAUAAUUGUUACAUAUAGAUAAUAUUAAAGGAAA